AUGAAAGAAAAAGAAAAAGAAAAAGAGAACGGGAACAUUGUACGUGAAACUGAUAAACGUGAAGAGAUAUAUUUUGAAAAGGGUCAAACAAAAAAUCUCGUUGAACAGUGGAAAACAAAACAGAUAACACCAGAACGUGAUACACCUGACGCUCAAGUUCUACGUGACGCUGAAAUACUUCAACAAGGUAACGCAAAGAAUAUUGUCGAAAUGUGGAAAACAAUGGAUAAAGAGAACACACCACCACCUGAAAGACGUGGACCACGUGCGAUAACACCACCACUUGAUAACGAACGACGUUUAUCAAUGCCCGAUGAUGAUGAUUCUACUUCUCGGAAACCAGGCUAUGCAGAUGAUAAAGCUAAUAUUGAAUCAGGUCAUGCAAGAGCUGUUCGAGAAAGUGAUGAAGAGCAUGUUGGUGUGGAGAGUCUCAUCUCUGUUGUGCAUGAUUUAUGGAGCACGAAUAGUAAUAAUGAUGAUGAUGAUGAUGAUGAACUUAUGCAAACGGCUGAACAAAGUAAUGCAACUAGUGCAAGAAAGACCUUAAAACAAAUUACACCACCACCAGAAGGUGUUCGAAGAAAAUCAAUAACAUCGCCUGAUACAACUAGUAUUUCAAAUGCUAUAACAGAACAAUAUAACAAUAAUGAAGAAAUUGUUCCAACGAAAGGUCAAGCUCAAUCAUUAAAAAAUCGUUUUGCCGAAUAUGAAAAAGAUGCACUUAAAGUUGAAACAGCUUCAGCAAAAAUUAAAAUUACACCUAAACGAUUUGUUGAUACACCUGCACCUAAACAAGUUACUGUUGAACCAGCUGUUGAUCCAAAUAAAUGUUCUGUUUGUAAUAAAACAGUUUAUGCAAUGGAAAAAAUUGAAGCAGAUAAAAAAGUUUAUCACAAAGCCUGUUUUAAAUGUAUGCAUUGCAAAUCUAUAUUGAAACUUGGCAAUUAUACAGCGAACGAUGGACAAAUUUAUUGUAAACCCCAUUUUCUUCAAUUAUUUGCUAUAAAAGGAAAUUAUUCAGCUGGUUUUGGUCUUAACGAUCACAAGGCACGAUGGUUACCAAAUUCUUCUUCUUCUUCUUCUCCUAGUAGUAUAUCAUAUACACAUGAAUCAACAUCAUUCAAUGAAAGUUAA